UAAUCACCUACGGCAGAGAGGAUCGUUACUAUGGCUUCAGAGUCACGGUGGACAUAGUCGUAGCUGCCGAAAAUAAAAAUAUGUGACAUCUCUAUGUUGAGAGAAAAAGGGAACGAGUCCAUAAAACCAGUUUAGUUUUACCAUCGCUAGUGUCCGGCUUCGUGUUGCAACAUGAUUCAUUCGAACGUGCUUGUACGAUGUUGUGUUAUGAUGAGAUCAUAACUUAGUCUCCACAAGCAUAUGCAGCGCAAUGAGCAAGCUGUGCUGAAUAAAUACGAAAUAAAAUCGUAGUACCUGCUUGAAGUUUGGUUUCCAUCCAAUCAUAUUAGCCAGGGUGGUUUGUUUAGCAUACGCUAGGAAAUAAUGACCAUCUUGUGCUCACAUCAUCGUAUCGUGGAAAAGGAACCAUCCCACGUUAAUCCUCGCUGGAAAUCAUGCACCGUAUUCUCGUUGCUGCUGAUAGUGUCCACGUGCUUUGUGGUAAGCUUCAGCCUUCAUGGGCUAAUUACGGAAUACAGGAACCAUUGCUUGCUCGAAGCGCACUUAGAAUUUAAACCCCGAGCAGCUGGAAACCAAUCUCAGCAGAAUACAAUCUCUGCGGAUACCAACCAAACGAUUCAGUAUCGUAUUGACGAGUAUUGGAGCAACUGGAGUAGCGGUACUUAUUGUGAGAUACUAGAAAAUGUGCCAUUAUUUCAAGGCAUAAGCUGCACUAUAUGGCUAGCUAUUUUCCUAAUCCAUGGACCUGGAGGAAUUCUUCCUCAACCGUGGCGUAUAGUGUUUCCAUCGUUAAUUUUUUUCCUUGGCUGUUUGAUAACUUCUCUUGCAACGGCAAUUUUCAUCACCCAAGGGUUGAAGCACGUGUGUGCCGAGUUUCAGAAAGUAGACUCAGUAAAAGGACUAGAUUGUGCUCGUCUUAUACUUUAUUUUGCGUUGGCUAAGGAGAACUCAACGCUCGUACAGGUGGAUAAAAACUAUUUUUUGACUUUAAUAUUUCCUUGGAUAUGGUUUGGAGCUACAGUUUUGGGCUUUGGAAUUAUAUUGCUUAGAAUCAUACUUAUGCCUGAUUUUGAGCUGUACAGAGUGGAUAUAUCAUUGCAUAGCAAACAAAAAUAUAAAGAUCUUUCUGCCGAAAUUCUACAGGAACGUAAGAACUCGGUAGACUCUCAAUUGUGAUGUCCGAGUGAUGUUUGCCAGAAACAGCAGUCAAGGUGGCCAGGUUUUACUGACCUAAUAUUAUGCGAGAUCAUUUUAAAAUUAUCCGUUUGUUCCGUUCCUAUCUCGUGAGAAAUAAAAUAAUAAA